AUGCGGCCUUGGCCUUGGGCUCUGCUGGUUGUGAUACUAGCUGCGCUUUCCGCAGAGGGAAUAAAUUCAUGCAGCUUACCAUCAUUGAGUGUCAUGGUUUCCAUCCGCGUGCUUCGUCAGAAGACGCAUACCAUCUUUAGUCACUUUCCUUCGUUAGCAACUCCGGGAAAGAAGCCUUAUCCAGCUGAGGAACGAAUGCGAAGUCUCUCCAGAAGACGCGGGCCCCGGAGAGGUCUGUUCUCCCCUCGCAAAAUGGCCAAGUACAGGUCCCGAUUAACGCCUCCGGACCACAACGCCGGGUUUUGA